AUGUGCAGCUCAGCAAUCACUGCCAACAAGUUCCAGCCACAUCAGUACAGCCAGCUGGAGAAUGUCGUGGAGCAGGUGCUUCUGGCGGCCAUGCGCCUUGGGGAGACCUGCAUCGUGACCAACGCAGAUGAGAAGUGGGUCACCGAGAGCGCACGGCGCUACAUGCCACGCGUGCUUCCAAUACUGUCGCGCAUGUCCAUCGUGUCAGCACGGCAGCGAUUUGCGCGCACCUGGCCUGGUGAUCAUUUUGCUUGGAAGCGGGAGGCUUUUCGCCAGGUCUUGACGUCCUGGCAGCCGACAGCGCUGGCUUGCGGGGGCAUGCGCCUGAUUGUCAUCGGCGACGCGGAGUGCGAGAUGCGAGCCGCAGACACCGCAAGCGUGGGCAUGGCCUCGCCAACGGCCGUCAAGAAGGUCAAGUUUAAAGAGGUCCCCACCGUGGAGGAUCUCCUCGACCAGCUGACGAAGCUGAAUCAGGUGCUCCAAGGUGCAGAUCCUCCUUUGCCCACGCUGCUGCAGUCCAGGGCAUCGGAGGCAUUCCCGCUGACCACUGCUGCGCUUCUGCGCUUGAAAGCUCGUAAAGCAGCUGCGCUGGAGCCCCUUGCUGUGGGGAAAGGUGGAACCCCGUUGGGCUCCGCGAGCUCCUCGCAGGCAUGCGGGCAGCCUGGAUCAGGUGCGAUGCUGCCGCCAACCGGCUCCGUGGAGCCGCCGUAUGGAGCCCCAAAGCUUGCCCCCCAAGGCACCUUGUCGCAGCCCCCACCGCACGGUUCCAUUGCACGCCGAAGCCUGCCACCACAAGUCUCGAUGGCACCACGAUCCAUCACGACUCAAGCCUCCAUAGCUCCACGGACUCCACAACGCCUACCCCCACAAGGGUUCAUCCAGCCGUGCCCGCAGCGCUUGCCGCCACAAGGUCGCCUAGCCCCACGCCUUCCACCGCAAAGAUCCAUGCCAAGGCAGCUGCCGCCCCAAGGCUACAUGCCCAUGGCCCCUCAGAUCCUGGCCCUUGCCAUCGCCCUGCAACGGCCACCACAAGGCUCCGUGGCCUUGCCAAUCGCCUUGCCCUGUGUUUCAUCUUUGCCGGGCGUCCGCAAUGUUUCCGGCCCUGUGGCGCUCACUCGGCCGAUGCCCGGAGCACGUUGA